UCCAGUUGGUGGCGAUAAUGCAACAUAUUGGAAACCAACCGCCGUUAAACCCCACCGAAGAAAAAUAAGAAACUGCUUAGCGAUUUCGACGCAUGCCUCGGAGCUCGAUAUCAAACGCAACAUCACUAAUCAAAUGUAGCGAAAAGCUUAAAUUGCUAGCAGCAAAAUAAGACAAACCUGUUGUGUAUAGAAUAGCACAAAAUACUUCGUUGGUUUUACCCGCAACCCUUCUGGUGCGAUACAAAACACACAGAGAAAAUGGCGGAAAUUCAGAAGGAGGCAGGACUGCUCGAAACCAUUCGGGAGAACCGAGAUGAAGAGGAGCCGGCUAAUUCAAAGACGAGUCCUGUGACAACGUUGGGACGCUACAGAAGCUUUCGUGAAGAUAACGAUUUUUCAGGAUAUCUCUUGGUCUGACAAACUCCGCUGUAUCUCGGCCUCCUUCCACCGCAGAUGCAGAAGGCUGACAUCGGCAGAUUUGGUGGAUUGAGAUGCAGCCCAUGUUAAAAAUAGGUAUCUUUAGCUUAUGCCCAGCUCAUGAGGCCCCUUGAUGACAUGAGGCCUGGGGAAAUUGCCUCUUCUGCCUGAUGGCAGAGGACAUGGACACCUCAGAAGACCUGCAAGAUGACAACCUGAUCGAGCGGGAACACUUCCACAGUUCUAAUAAUGAACAGCAAGAUGGAGAUUUGGUAGUUAGGAGUAAUGUAAUAUUAGAACGAACAAAAUUCAACCAAAGACGACAAGAAGCAGGAGAGACAGCUGAUGAUUUUAUCUCUGCACUUCAUUGUUUGUCACAACAUUGCAGUUAUGGAGCUCUGCUCAGUGAGAAAAUAAGAAACAGGCUUGUCAUGGGCUUACGUGACAAAAAACUUGCCGAGCAAUUACAAAUGGACCCAGAAAUAACACUGGAUGAAGCUGUCACACGCAUUCAUCAAAAGCAACAGGACCUGCCAGAGAAUAACUUCAAAGCUACCAGUAAUGCGGCAAAUGUAGAGAGUGUGCUUUCACAUAGCAAACAUCAAUGCCCAGCCAAUACCCAGUGCCAAUCAGAGAAGAAUCAAAACUCAGAAAGACCACAACAACCCCAAACAACGCAGGAGAAUGGAGAGGAGCCCCAAGAUACUGAAGACUUCAUUGAGGGUUUCAGACCUGGAGGAGAGAAGUCUCACUACUGCGCCUACUGCGGUCAGAACUUUCAAAAAGUAAGGGAUCUUAUAAGACACCAUCGAACACAUACAGCAGUGAAAGAAAUGUUCUGCCCUGAUUGUGGGAAAGGCUUUACCCGCUCUGAUAAUCUGAAAAGGCAUCAGAGGACACAUAAGAAAGGGGGUGAUUGUCUUUACUGUGAUAAAAGCUUUUCUGAACCGGGAGAACUAAAAAUACACAUGGAAGUACAUAGUCAAGAAAGGCCAUACCUAUGCCCUGACUGUGGGAAGCAAUUCAAACAGUUAUGGGUGUUGAAAAAUCACCAGCGAAAACAUACAGAGAAGAUCUCACCACAGGAAAGGCAUCACUACUGCUCCGACUGUGGAAAGAGCUUUACACGAAGGCAUAGUCUUAGAAGACAUCAGCAAGAAACGCAUACAGAUGAAAAGCCGUACCACUGCUCUAAUUGCAACAAAAGUUUUGCGGGACGUGAGAGACUUAAGAAACAUCAACUAACACACAAGGAAAAGAAACAUAAACAUUAUCGCUGUUCAAGGUGUGAUAAAAGAUUUCCUGACAUGGCAAAACUAAGAUCACACCUUCCAGUACAUUCUGUAGACCUGGCACUCCACUGCUCGGACUGUGGAAAGUGUUUCUUAAACAAGGCAAAGUUUGAAAGACACCUAAGAAUACACACUGCAAGUGGAAAAAAGCCAUUCCUCUGCACUGACUGCGGGGAUGGUUUUACAACUUUACGACGGUUGGAAGAGCACCAGCGAACACACACCGGAGAGAAACCGUACCACUGCACUGAAUGCGGGAAGCGUUUUGCACGUGAAUGGACAUUAAAGAGUCACAAGCAAGUGCACAAGUUAAAACACUCUGGAGAAAGAGCAGCCUAUCCUUGCUCUGAAUGUGGAAAGUCCUUCUCCCGUUCACGUGAUGUGAUGACUCAUGUGAGAAGGGUGCAUAACAAAGAGAGACCUUUCCAGUGCUUCUGCUGUGAAAAACGUUUCUUCCAAAAGAACUUCCUUACAGUACACAUGAGAAUUCACACUGGAGAGAAACCCUACCAGUGCUCAGAUUGUGGACAAAGCUUCUCCCAAAUUGGUGACCGAAAACGCCACCAGAAGAGGCAACACUCUAAAGAGGAGACUUGACCUCUAUACAACAGUGUGGAAGGCUCCCUAAUUUGGGAAAAAGUCAAUGACUCCGCCCUCCUCGUGAACUGGAAACCAAUGAGUGGUCGCCAUAUGUAGGAGAUUGCCUCCUUUGUCAGAGGAACAUCAGGGAAGAAUCUCAAUUGCAUACUCCUCGCAUCCCCUCGCCUCCUUCUCAAAACCCAUUGGAGGAGAAGGUCAUAGGGGAGGGACCUCUGGCUUUCUCAUCCAAUGGGUUUUGAGAAGGAGUCGAGGAGAGGGAACACGAGGAGUACUCAAUUGACAUUCUCCCCCUGUGUAUCCUAUAGGCUCCCGAUCACAAAACUAAUAUUUUAUCUAUAAAUUGUCUGGAAAAACCAGCUAAACUUGUUUUUACCACUUUACAUAUUUUGGGAUUCUUCCUCUGUAAGCAUCAUUUGCUUGAUGACGUGCAAGUGGAGUAGGAUAGUAAUUUCAUACAUGCUAUGGUUUGUUUUCACACUUCCUUUCACUGAUUACUUUUGACCUUUUUCAAAAGGAGGCGAGGAGAGUUUGCGAAACCAAUUGAGAAUCUCCCACAGAGACCCUCAAUAAGAAAGGACUACAACAGUAAAACAAACAUACAAUAUUGUCAUAGCAUCAGUCUUUAUUGUUGUUUUUUUUGGUCAACUUUGUCAAACAAUUAUUUGAAUGUUUUGUAUCAAAAGUAAACUCUUUUUAUACAUUUUUAUUUGAUCACCCUUGUAGUUUCCACCUGGCAAAUUUGUAUUUGUUAAUCCAAAAUGAUUUGUUGUGGGUGCAGCAUGUAAUAACCGCAGUCUGCAGAUAUACAUUAUUGAGGCAUUUGGGUAGCCAGGCAAUCCAUAUCAAAGAUGAUCUAUUAUAUUGACAAGAAAACUGAGUUGACUGUGUGAUUGAGAUUGAGAUCUCACCUGCCUCAAUGAUUGAGGCAGGUGAGAUCAGGUGGGACCAUUCCAAUGAGACAGGGGGGUCACCAUUGAGACCAGGGUCUCAUUCUCAAGGGAGCCCUGUGAACAUGAACACACAAUUCAGUACAACAUAAAGCAAAAUAAUAACAUCAACACAAUGCAACAAAUACAACAAGAUUAAUCAAAACAAACACUGAUCACAAUUGAUCUAAACUGUCCAAUGGUGACCAGCGAGUCCAGCUUCAAGGUGGCCUGAAGGCUAAUCCGCCCUAUGGGACUCCCAAUCACGGCCGGUUGUGAUACAGCCUGGAAUCGAACCAGGGUCUGUAAUGACGCCUCUUGCACUGAGAUGCAGUGCCUUAGACCGCUGCGCCAUUCGGGAGCCCUCUGCUGCAUAAAUAAUGUAAUAGGCCAGGAAGAUAUGUAUACUGUAGCUAAGAAAGUAAUACUAAGUGUAUGUUUUGUAGUAAGCUGUUAGUAGCCCAUGUGCCUCAGCCUAAUAAUUUGGUCUUUUUUCACAUCUUGAUUUUGCCUACUGUUCUGAUUUGGUGGUGCACAUGUAGCCUAUAACCUGUUUUUGCACAAUGUAAUCAUUGAAUAUUGUAAGAGCUUUCAUUGUCUGCUUAUAUAGCCCCUUUAUUUAUCCUACGGCUCUGACUUGAUGUACAGGGAGAACGCUGUAAGAACGGCCCAUGUUCUGAAUUCUGUCGCUGUACAUUUCAAAAGUGCUGAACAAAUAGUUACAUUGACAACGUCCGUCUUAGCUCGCUCAUUAACGUCUUAAUCGAAAUUACGGAUUGCCUCUUAUCCGCUUGUCUUUCCCUUAUGCCAUAGUUUCCACAUCUCAAUUGUCAGUAGAAACCACAUUUGUUGAAGCAAGUCAGCCAUAUUACCUAUGUUUUUUUAAAGGCAGUAAAUGAGACUGAAUGAACUGUUUCCCUGCCAGACAAGGCCCUGCUGAUAGCCAGGUGUAGCAGUGGUAUAGUGCAAUUCAUGUAUUGUUUAAUGUUGUGUAGUGGUUUAGCUGGCAUGCAUCCCACAUUUUUUAUAUUUUUUGGCCACCAAGAUUUACAUGCUAAAAUCGCCACUGCCCAUAUCAAUAAAGCCACACUGCGGUUUUCCUGCUGUUCAA